CAUUUCCCACACACACACACACCACACUGAGUUAUUGAUCCAAGCAUUUGACUCGGACGAUCCGACCUUCCCCAAUAGUCAACAACAUGACCGAAGAAGACAAACCCAGAAACCACCACCACCACCACCCCCCUCCGCCGCAGCCCCAACCGUUUACACCUCAGUAUGGCACCUUCCAAGGUGUCUCCAACUACCCUCCUCCUCCGCCGGAGUCUCACCCCGCCAUCGGCUUCCCUCACCCCGUUCCGCCGCCCGGCGCCGUCGACUCCUCCGCCCCUCCUCCGCCGUAUUACCCUCAUGGGUACCAAGCAGUUCCCGGUUAUGCUGUUGCUGAAGGCAGACCUGUAAGAGAGCGUCGCCUUGGUUGCUGUGGUCUUGGUUGCGGCUGGUGUCUGUUUAUAUUAGGUUUCUUUCUUGCUGCCAUUCCAUGGUAUGUUGGGGCGAUAAUUAUGCUUUGUUCCAGAGUAGACUAUCGAGAGAAACCUGGAUAUAUUGCUUGUAUGGUAGCUGCUGUUCUGGGGACAAUUGCAAUUAUUCUUGGUGUGACAAAGGGAGCAGAUGCCUGGUAAUCUUCAUGUUAAGAGUUGUAAAGUUUACUAGAUGAGUGUGUAUGUAAAGUGUGCCAGUUGCUGGAAAUUAUGUGCGAGUGCAAUUUAUGUUUUCAUCGAGAACUGCUACCAUAAGUAUUUUGUAUUGUUUGAUUUGUUAAAACGGUUAUCCUGGUCCCGACUAAAGUUAUGCGAGGCAACACUUUAUGUGCUUUAUCAAUAUUUAUAUGAAACAUUUUUAUAUGGGUUAACAUUCAUAACUAAUAUACUAUACUACCACCCCUCCCUGUUCUAAA